UCUUUUAAAAACAGUGAGCGGGGGAGUAAAUUCUGUGAGAGGAAAGCGGCGGACAUUGAUAGUAAUUUUUUUUAACGUACACUAUUAAAAACAACAUUACGCUAUUGUGGAAAUGUUGCCUAUUGCGGGCAGCUAAAAACCUGUUUAUCUACCGUACGCACAAAAAACAUUUUUAAAGACGUCGACCUUCAACUGUCGUCAUGAAGUGUUUAAAGGUGGACGAAUACAUCAAGCGGACUGCUUCCGUGAGAGAAACGGAGCUUUUAUUCCACGAACUCGAGAAUUAUGUAAAGGGUAAGCCCGGGCUUCAGGGUCGCACACUGUGUGACCGGAUCAUCAGAGCUUGUAACCAUCAACUUGGAGUUGGAGGCCUUGACUUGGAGCACAUCGGUCAGUUGGUGAAACUGAUGGAGCUUUCUCUUCAUGGCUAUGACAUCUUUGCAGCACUUGUGCCUCAGAGCAACCCCUUAUACAUGGAAAAGAUUGUUUUCCAUAUUGUCAAAAAGCUAAGCAGCAUAGAAGUUCACACUCUGUGCAGCCACAUAGCUGGACUACUUUACAGUCGUCUUUCUAAAGCCCAACAGGAUGAAGAAGACUACUGUGUUCUUGUGAGGAGCUGUUUUUCCGUGCUGUGGAACGGACUAUCUGCUGCCAAAGACAAGAAAAUCUUAAAUCCUCAAGACAGACUGCGCUGCCAGAUGCAGGCUUUGAGCUUUCUUUUGCUUUUGGACACUGAAAAUGCAACUCCAUCUCUGCCUAAAGCUGUCGUAUACAUUGAAGAUAUCAUCACUGAAUUUGAGAGUAGCUGUGGAGUGAUGACAAAGGAGGAUACCUCCCUUCUUCUACAGGAAAUGAACACACUUUUUAACACAUGUUGGACUGGUGAUCAAGACUCUGACAGGGAUGGCUCAAAGCAGCGUGCAGCAUCACGUUUUUACGUGCUUUCUGAAAUGGUGCUGAUUAUAUUGAAGGUGCUGUGUAAGGCUGGCCACCACAGGCUGGCCUCCUCCUUCCUGAGUGAAAUUGAGAGAAAGGCCUCAGAGUUUCUUAGCUGUCAGUGUACAGCAGUGGUGCUUGCCAAAUGGGGAGUAAUGAUUCAUUCAACAGUGAAAGCAGGUGAUGAUGCUCGCCAGGCUUUAACAGAGUGUGCUAGGGCCGUGAGAUCAGUCUCUGGUAACCUGGGUGACAGAGAAGGUCAUGCAUUUCUGGAAGGGUGCAGCUUUGUUGUGUGGGCUGUCGACAGUGGGUAUGACAAGGGUUUAAGUGGACCGGUGCUACUGGCUUUGUUUUCUUUUUUUGAGGAACACCAAGAGUGCGUAAUGAGGAUACUAAACAAGAACUUGUCAUGCCAGGCUGAGUGCAGCAGACUACAGAAGUCGCUUUGCUUCAGUAUUUACAAAGGCUUUGAGUUUGCCUACGAGAGCAUGCUUGCAUCUGAGUUUUUGCAGGAAGUUGAGUUCUUGACGUCUUCGAUAGGUCAGCUCAAAGUUGUCCAGACCAAGUAUGUUGAGGCAAAAGAUAGCUUGAAUGUCCUAAACAAAAACAAUAAAGGAAAAGAACUCCUUGUGCCUCUUACCAGUUCUAUGUAUGUCCCUGGGACAUUAAAUGAUGUGGAACACGUUUUAGUGGAUGUGGGGACAGGAUACUAUGUUGAAAAGAACGUGGAAGACUCGAAGGCAUUCUUUAAGCGCAAAAUAGACUUCCUCACAAAGCAGAUAGAGAAAAUUCAGCCGGCCCUACAGGAAAAACAUGCCAUGAAACAAGCUGUAAUUGAAGUAAUGAACAUGAAGAUCCAGCAGUUACAACAGAGCCAACAAGCCUCGCAAAUGGGGACCACCAAGGCAUAAUAAGAACAGCUGUUUGAACUCCUUAUGAGCAGGAGGAUUUUUUUAGUUUGUGUUGAGAAAACAUGCUUCAAUCUGACGAGCACAAACCUUGUUUCAAAUAUAUUACAAGUAGCCUGUUGUUAUUGUAAAGCAGCCAUAUGCGCUUGGUCAAUUUUAAAUUAAAUUGGGUGUCCAGCAUGUUUGAUUAUUAAAGAGGUCACUGUGGAUUCAAUGAA